AUGGGUAAGAAGAAGUCCAAUUCUGCUAAUGCGGUAAGAGCUCUUGAGUCCACGAUCUCUCCUAUAGUAGAAAUUAAUUACAAAGACCCACUAUUUGCCGUAGCAGCUCAUCCCACCAAACCUAUUUUGCUUCAAGGACUUGCAACUGGGCAUGUAUUUUGUACUAGCUACGAUGAUGUGAAACUCGAAGAGGCACAGGUGCAUAAAAGAGAGGAAAACGAACUUCUUGAGAAGGAAGCAUUUGCAAAAGGAAAGAUCUCAGCAAUAAAUAAGUCGGUCUCACAAACUAAGAAGAAGUGGUGGACUGUCGUUCCUGAUAACUCUGAAAUGGAUAGCCCACUCAUAAGCAACAUGUGGAAAACCAAGAGGCAUAAAGGAUCUUGUAGAUCAGUUUUAUUUGAUCCAUUGGAAAACUCGGUGGGAGAAAACAUCUUCACUGUAGGAACUGACCACAUAAUUAAGAAGGCAGCCACCGAAACUGGGAAAGUCUUGAGCAAAACUGUCGUUGACUUUGGUGGGAAAGCAGCUGAUGCUAUCACCAAACUUUGCCAUUCAACCAGUCAUCCAUUUUUGCUUGCAGGGACAGAAAACGGUAACGUUUUGGUAUACGAUAGUAGCAACUUAUCCAAUAAAUUGAAGUUUAGAGUGGAUAAGGUGCACGAUGAUGCCGUUAACCACAUCUUACCGAUGCCCGAAGUUUCAGCUUACCAUUAUCUAAGUUUAGGUUCAACAACCUUGUCGCACAUUGAUAUUCGUAAGGGAAUAAUAACACAAUCGGAUGACCAAGAAGAUGAGUUACUUUCAAUGUGUUACGCUACAGACCAACUGACACAGGCCAAAAAUGAUACCGUAUUGGUAUCUCAUGGUGAAGGAAUCGUUACAAUUUGGAAGAAUUCCAAGAAUAGACUUAUGGACCAGUUGUCGAGAAUUAAGGUGAAUCAUAGUGCUUCAAUUGAUGCUAUUAUACCCACGAUGAAUCAAGACGACGACGAAAUGGCCGCUUCUGUAUGGUGUGGUGAUAGUGAAGGUUUAUUACACAGAGUGAACUACAAGAAGGGCAAAGUUGUGGAAACUAGAGUACACUCUACGACCACCAAAAAUUAUGGAGCUGCAGAUGAAGUUGGGGUAUUGGAUAUCGAUUUUGACUACAGAUUGAUAAGUGCAGGCAUGGACAGUUUAAAGAUUUGGUCCAAUGAAGAUAGAAGUGCUGACGGUGAGGACAAUGAGGAUGAUUGGGAGGACGAAAACGGUAGCGACAGCGAUAGUGAUCGUGAAGGUGCUGGGAUUGAAGACGAUUCAAGUGAUUUGGAUAGUGAUUUGGGCCCAUCAGACUUUUCAAGUGAUAGCGAUGAGAAUGAAGGUGAAGAAGUGGACGAUAAUAGCGAAGGUGAAGGGGCAGGUGAUAGUGAUGGAGCUGAUAUUGAUGUAGAUGAUGUUUCAGAUGAAGAGAGACAGGAGGAGGAAAAGGAAGAAAAAGAAGUUAAAAUGCCUCAACUAGUACGUAAGAAGCGUCUUAACUUUUCCUUAGAAUCGUCAAGGCCCAAACCCAAGAAGAAGAUCAUCGACUUCAACAAAACAAUUCCAAACAAAGAAGAAAAAGAAGAGGAAAGCAAAGAUGAGCCUGCAGCCAAGAAGCUCAAGACGAAACAGAUGACCACCAAGCAAAUUAGAAAUCUACAAAAACACGAGCAUGGAAUCAGAAAAUUUGACGAUUUAUGA